CGGUCGAACAUUACCUGAAGCCGCAGAAGCCAUGUCCAUUGAGAACAGGGGAGAUUGUCAACGAGCUCGUCGCUGCUAGAGGGAAGAUGCAGUUGGGCGACAAGAAUAUGCAGUACCUCCUAAAAACUUAUAGGCAGCUGCAUGGAAUUUCGAAGGGGGGGGUCGUUGCAGAGGAGACACUCGUGGUGGACAAUGAUCUCCCGGGAUACCUGGAGCCACAACCACCACCCACUGCAGGCAGGGCUGCUGCAAAAACUGAUUUGGGAGCAUCGCAACAGGCUCUCAAAGCCGCGCUAUUAUCUGCGGAGGUCUUGCACAUAUACAACCCGCUUUUGCCUACGCGCGUCACUACAGAUGCGUCUGGCUAUGGCAUUGGUGUCGUCCUCGAGCAACACGAUGGUGUGGAUUGGCACCCGGUCGAGUAUUUCAGCAAGAAAGUGCCCGUUGUGCACUCCACUAACGAUGCACGUAAGAAGUUCCUCGCCUUCGUCCACGCGCUCAAGCGGUGGCGGCACUUCCUCCUUGGUCAAAGCCAAUUCCGAUGGGUAACGGACAACAAUCCGUUAGUCUUUUACAAGACCCAAGACACCGUCAACAGCACCAUCGCUCGAUGGAUGGCUUUCAUCGACCAGUUCGACUUCUUUCUCGAUCACAUUCCGAGGAAGUCGAACCGUUUUGUGGAUGCUCUUUCGCGGCGUCCGGAUCAUUAUACCGUGGUCUAUUCAACCUUCCAGAUCGACAACUACCUGUGGGACAGCUUCAUCCGCGGCUACCAAGCUGACCUCGAGUUUUGCGACAAGUACGUGAAUUGCUCCUCUCCUAAUCCGACGCCUUCUCACUAUCGGAUCCAAGAGGGGUACUUGCUUGUCCACACACGGGGAAAGGACCUUCUUUGCGUACCGAGUAACCCUCACUUGCGUACACGGCUUUUUGGCGAGUUUCACGAUGCUCCCGCCACCGGACACUUCGAAGUCAAUCACACGAUUGCCCGACUUCGCGAGCAAUUUUGGUGGUCCAACCUUCUCGACGACGUCACACGCUAUUGCGAGUCAUGCGAGGUUUGCCGCCGCUACAAAUCCCACAACCAUCGUCCAUACGGCGAGUUGCGAACAUUACCGGUCCCCUUGCGGCGAAGGGAAGCGAUUGCCAUGGACAUUACCGGCCCGUUCCCCAAGCACAAGACCGGCGUGGAUGGGAUUCUCACGGUGGUCGACCGACUCACCAAGUUUGCCAUGUUUUUGCCUUACCGCUAUCAUGCCAAGGCACCGGAGUUGGUCCAGGUUCUUUACGCCGGUUGGAUUCAAACCAAGGGUUACCCCAAGGAAAUUGUUUGUGACCACGACACUCGGUUCAUGUCCAAUUUUUGGUUGGCGCUCAUCAAACGAUGGGGCUCAUCUCUCAAGCCAAGUUCGGCUCGCCACCCCCAAACCGAUGGCCAAACGGAGAGGGCGCAUCAGACCGCACAGGUUCUCCUUCGCACCCUCAUCCGCCCCGACCAAAAGGAUUGGGUUGAGCAGCUGUCGGAUGUUGAGUUGGCCUACAACUCGUCCAUCCACCCGGCUAUCGGGAUGUUGCCCUUCGAGUUCGAGAACGACUCGCCGGUCACUUCGCUGUUGGACACAAUCAUUCCACGAACGACCGAGAGCAACGACCAUCUUCUUUUCUUGCGUUGGAUGCAAGAGCUACUUGUCAAGGCACGCAACCAGAUGGCCAUGACGCAGCAACGCAUGAGCCAGCAGGCCAAUCACCAGCGUCUUCCUUGCCCAUUCCGCGCUGGCGAUCUCGUUUGGGUUUCCGCCGCAGAAUUCAGCCUUCAACAAGAUAUCUCUCGCAAGCUCCUCCGGAAAUGGAUGGGGCCCUGGCCGAUCGUGGCACCCAUUGGGGAUGCACCCGAGGGACCUUCCUUCACUAUUCGGUGCCCGCCCACUUGCCCGUCUACCCAUUCUUUCAUUGCUCCAAGUUGGCUCUUUACACGCCAGCGGAACAUGGCGAUUUUCCCGGGUGACAUUCACAAGACCCACCCUCUAUGGACGGUUUUCAGGACGUCGGCGACAUCAUCUCCCAGCGACGCUACGACAACAGGUCAACCAAGUAAUUGGUACUCACAACGCUGACCGUUGGUUGACCCGUGCGGAACUCCAAGCAACAGCUCCGGAUGUUCUCGCACGC